AAUCACGUUUGCCGACACCUAGCUGAUUGUGCUGUGUUUACAGUAGGGUCGAGGAGUGGGCCUCCAAAACUUCGUUCAAAAUACUCAUUUCAUCCUGAUCAUGGAUAACCUCAAACAGCAGGUUAUGAUCAACCAGUUUGUUCUAGCUGCUGGAUGUCAUGCAGAACAAGCGAAGCAGUUGCUUCAAGCAGCAAAAUGGCAGUUUGAGACGGCUUUGAGUAUGUUUUUCUCGGAGUCUUCGGUUCCGACAUUAUGUCGAACAUGUAACGGGCACCAUGCUAAUGGAAAUUACCCGUUCUGUGCACCAACCAACACUCCAGCCACUCCCCCAAACUUCCCAGAUGCAUUGGCAGCUUUCUCAAAAUUAUCUACAGGAGAAACCAGCAGAGUGUUUGGCUCUCCUGUAUCAGCAUACUCACCACAUGCAGCAUAUGCAGCUUCUCCACAGUGUCAACAAAUGGCCCAGUCUCCAAAAGGCAUGGAAGUGGAGACACAGCGAUAAAGACACUACCUGAGAUGUGAAUAAACUGUGAUGUGUUCAGCCAUGAGAGUUGAAUUACAGGGAGUAAUUUCUUUUUUCUUCCUUUAUUUUUUUUUUUGAUUGUCACUCGACUCCCUUGUGAUCUUCUCUCUUGCUGGCAGAUAUGGUGUAUGGAGGAAAUCUGGAGGAUUUUUCCGAAGAAGAAGGAAUUGUGCUUUGUGUUGGUAAUGGGUUUGAGGAACAAGAAUAGGGAGGGGGGGUUUCCUUUUUCAAAAAAAUGUGCACAUCUAAAUUUCAUCAACAGCUGUGAGCGUCAGUGUCAAGAUUGCUCGAUGGACUGUUCAGAGGAAUACAUUUCUUCGCAGCUACUGCCACAAAUAAAAGGAUGAAACAAUGAGAUGUGAGUGUUUUAAUGCUGAUCACACACACCAAAAAAGAAACAUGGGAGGGAUGGGGUGAAACUGGUCUGAAUGGUAAUAUGAAAAAAAUACAAGAUCUGUUUCAAGCACAGCAUAUGUUAACUUCAUAGGAUAUUGAUUUUCUUGAAUAUUUCUUAUGUGGAUUGACAAUGACCUACCAUUUUUUUGGAAUGUUUGUGUUGCUUUUUUUUCAUAUUUGAUACAAAGACUUUUUUAAAAAUAAAAGUUUAGUCAUUACAUAUUAUACAUUACACAUUUUCAGAGCAAAUUAAUUGAAUGUAAGAAGCUGUUAUGGUGUGUUCAUUUGUAGAUAUUUUAAAGUAUGUGCUGUUGGGAAAAGGGUGUGUGGAUGGAUGGAUGUGCUUACUGCAAAUGUGCACUUGCACAUACCAUAAAAUAUGUCUUCAGAUUUUCUUGUUUUGAUUUCUCUUUCUAGUUCAGUUAAUAGGCUUUAAUUUCUACCAUGUGUAAAAGUUCAUUGUUCCUCUUUAGGCUUUCACAUAUUGACUCAUUCAAAAUAUUGAAAUGUGCUUUUUGCAAGACCCAUUCACAGAUUAAAGAGUUUUGUACAUAUUUAUAUUAUCUGUUUGUCGUAACUCGCACUGUCAUGGUACAUGUGUACUAGUUAGCCUCGUUUCCAUGUCAUGAAAAGGAAGUUGUUUAAGCUGCAUUAAUAUUACAAUAAGUACUGGAGUGUGCCUAAGUAGGAGGAGACUCCUUUCCCUAUUUGUGUUUCUGUAAUCCAAGGAUUGUGGAUGAACAGUGACAGCGACUGAGGAGGAUUCCUGCCUGAGUACUGUGCAUUAUUGCAAAGUGAAUGAGGUCAAUAGCUACAAAUAAACUGAAAAAUAAUCUUAUCAUUAUCAAGUGACAUAAUCUUGAUAAAGCUGAGAACAAAGCAAGAUAAAGUACAAGUGCAUUUGAUGAUUUCAGAGUUGCUUGACAACCUGUGGGACAUCCAUUUAAGAAGAACUUUUAAUGAAUGAAAAGUAUAGCUUUCAAUAUUGUUUUCUGACUGUGGAUAAAGCAAACUUAAUGACUGGCAUGAUGUAUGUACAUGAACUGCUAUUUCUGUGGAUAAUACUGAUGCUUAUUCCAGUGAAAAGAAAAGUAUCAUAAUAAUAAUAGAAAAAAAAUAGUUAUGCGGUAAAACCUUUGUUCACUUAAGAAGAGGCUUGCUGGUUUCAGAUGUAAUCUUUUGAAUUUGUUAUUGAUUUUGUAAAUACAUUUUUAAGAUGGCAAUAUUGAAACCUUUAAUAAGUCGGCAGCCUCUUACCAUCUUAUAAUAGUUUGUGGCUGCUGUUUUCAGGGGAAUGACUUGUACCUUGCCAACGCAUACCUCAGUUGAUAGCUUGGUAUCUCAGAUUGAGAUAGACAUAAAGGUCUCACAUUUCAAGCAUACUAAUCUCAGUCAUUCGGAAUGUUUUGUCAGCUGUUCUUUCAAGUCGUCUUACUAGCAUCAUUCUGUAUUUCAAAUAUAAAUCUUAUCAUUAAAAGGACAUUUUCUAAUUAUU